UGUCCUGCCCUUUUUGGGUGCUGUGAAACGUCAUCGAGGUUUGUUUGUACCAGGUCUCCGGUGCCAGUUCAGGCGGUUGGGCCUCUUACAACCACCGUCCCUCGCUUCUCCUUCCGUCUGCUUGUUAAACAGAGCCAUGUCUACUCCGGCUAGGAGGAGGCUCAUGAGGGACUUUAAGAGAUUGCAAGAAGAUCCUCCGGUUGGAGUCAGUGGAGCACCAUCUGAGAACAAUAUCAUGGUCUGGAAUGCAGUUAUAUUUGGGCCAGAAGGAACACCAUUUGAAGAUGGUACAUUUAAACUUGUUAUAGAAUUUUCUGAGGAGUAUCCAAAUAAACCUCCAACUGUUAGAUUUGUAUCAAAAAUGUUCCAUCCAAACGUGUAUGCUGAUGGUAGCAUAUGUUUAGAUAUUCUUCAGAAUCGAUGGAGUCCAACUUAUGAUGUUUCGUCAAUAUUAACCUCUAUUCAGUCUCUUCUAGAUGAACCAAACCCAAACAGCCCAGCUAACAGUCAAGCAGCUCAACUUUAUCAGGAAAACAAACGAGAAUAUGAGAAAAGGGUAUCUGCUAUUGUUGAGCAAAGUUGGAAUGAUUCUUAAUAGACCAUUUAUUUUGUAUACAGCCUAACCCUGCAAAAGACAAAAAGGAGACUGCUGCAAGUGCCACGAGUUUAAAGGAGCUCCAUAUAAAAUUGUUGGGAGACUUCAGAAUUUUCCAGUUCCUGAUUCUCACCUGCUUCCCUGUUUGGAAAAUUUCAAAGCUUGUUUAUCUCUACUAAUGUACUUUUUAUUGCAUGUUAUGCAUGUUUUGGAAUAAGUUAUUGCUGCAUUUGUAAUAUAUACUGUUUGGAUUUUUUUUUGUUUAAUGUUGAUGUGGCAUUUUCAUGGAAUAAUAUACACAUUUUGUAAAUCUA